UUAAGUUUUUGCUUUUAGUUUAAGCAGUUAAAAUACUAUCAUUACACUUAUACACGAUAUAAUAUUUCUUGGAAAUUAAUCCCAUAUACUUUAAAGAAGAGUGACGUAUUUGUAUAAACAUGUCGUCUGGAGGAGCAGGAUCCUCAGCAACUGGUGCAACCGCCAAUGACUUUUUUGGCUGGGAUUUGCUUUACAAAACAAUUGAAAAAACUGUUGAUAAAAAGUCUGAUGUAUUGAUUGCACUAGCGCACUUUUUGCUUGUGAAACAUUAUAAAAUGCAAUGCAUCGGCAUUGGAGAAGAUAAAACUGUUUCAACAGAAGAUGUUGGUUCCGAACUAUUACCUGACGGUUGGAAUGAUCGAGGCAAGAGAUACGCCUUGCGUUAUUUACACAAUGGUCGAUUGUACCUUCUAAUAGGCCAUAAUACAGAGGAUUUUAUUACUAUGAAUUUACUCGAUGUUAAGGACACCAAGGUAACUAACAUAACUUUAAAUCCACAAGAAUGGAUAAAACAACUUAAAGGAACGCUAAACACAAUGAUGCCUGAAGCAUCACUGAUAUCAGAUCGUUAUCGCAAAGAGUUAGUUGACCCGGUGUUCACGGGAAAUACGCGAGAGGUUACUACGCAAACAAAUGUAAAUCAAGAGUCACGAGCACCAAACUUCCGCGAUCCGCUCGCAAUAGGCGGACCGAUGAGACCUGGCGGUUCUUUUCGAAUGGAGCCUCGGCCAUUUGGCUUUCCCGACGUUGGACGCGGCGACUUAGAUCCUUUGGGUCGCGGUGGUCCUGGUAAUCUCUUUCCGAUGCCUUCACGUCCCGAUUUCAAUGCCGGUCUGAAUCCGCGUUUCGAUCCCGUUGGUCCAGACGGACGCAUUCUGCGUGCCGAUCCUAAUCCUGAUCAUCUGCAACCACCAAAUUUUGGUUUCGACUACUACAUGUAAUAACGAAAAUGCGAUAAAAAAUGCCAAAAAGCUUAUGAAUUAUUUUCAAUAUUCAUAAAGGAUGUAUUUACAUAUAUACAUACAUAGGUUAUUAAUUGUUGGUUAAAGCCUAUUCUUUUGAUAGUUGCAAACUGUUUAAUUCAAGAGCGGGCUUUAACAUGUGCCUUUAACGCACUUCGAACUCAAUAAAACUGAAUGAUAAUAAGAAUUUAGGUUACAGAAACUAAAAUAAAUAAUUAUAUUGUAAUGAGAUUAAUUGCAACUUUA